AUGCGUUUUUUACUAAUCACAUUGCUCAUUCUGUACAAUCUACCACUAACAAAUACCACUUCAAUCUACGAAUUCAGUCAGCCAGAGUAUCGAAUCGGAAAGAAUCAUACCGUGCAAAUUUGGGAGGAAAUUGGCACUCCGGAUCCCAAUCGGACCGAUGUUCGAUUUUUGUUCCAUUCGUCGAAAUUUGGAUUUAAAAAUCCAAAUUUUAUUCAAAAUGUGUCCGAUUUCCUGAUGGAUAACGAAUUUUCUACAUUCAACCUCAUCGCCGACGCCACCGACGACAUUCUGGAAAAUUCUCCAUAUUUUUCGAAUUUUUCCCAAAAACCGACUCUUUGGAUUGUCGAUUUUCAGUCGAAGGACUACGUCAAGAACGCCUACAUAGACGCACUUCACGAAAUGUCUCGAGAUUGGUCUGAUUUUCUCUCGAAAAUCUAUGACUCAGAAGACGGUAUCUCCUACGAUAUCGUCGAUUGCUCAGUGGUUAUGUUGCCUACAUUUCGAUGGAUACAGCGGCGAAAUAGAACACACCGCUUUAACAUUUUCUAUCCGUUGCGAAAUGUGUUCUAUUUUAUAAUUUCGAGACUUGCACAUCCAAUUGAUCCCAAAGCGCUUCUAUGUGUGACUUUUUACUUUAAUUUGCUUCACAUAUACCAAUAUAUAUCAUUUCUGCGGAAUAAAAGAUAUUUCUGGCGACAAUUGAUUGUAUUAGAGAUAAUUUAUAAAUUGUCAAAAUAUAUCGUAGAUGAUACCAGAAAAGUCGUUUGGCCCUUCAUUCUAGCCAACGAGAUUUUCGAUCUGUUCACUGUCUUCAAGUACCGUACCACUGAGUACCUUACAUUCGAACUGCAAACCGUGAAAACUCUUCAAACUUUUGAGCAUUUCCUUCUCCUCAAUCAAUAUCCAGAUUUCUACAUAUUGAUUUGGCUUCUUCUGAUCGUUUCCCUUCAAUUAUUCUCAUUUUCUCUAUUUUUCUUGUUUCCACCAUUCACUUGGACCGUUCCAGUUUUCGAUAUCGCACCGAUUCUGGUCCCAAGAAAUCGAUAUAUGAUCUACACACGUUACGCGGCGAUUGGAUUGACUUGUGUCAUUUUUGGACAAAUGCGUCUUUUACUAAUCACAUUGCUCAUUCUGUACAAUCUACCACUAACAAAUACCACUUCAAUCUACGAAUUCAGUCAGCCAGAGUAUCGAAUCGGAAAGAAUCAUACCGUGCAAAUUUGGGAGGAAAUUGGCACUCCGGAUCCCAAUCGGACCGAUGUUCGAUUUUUGUUCCAUUCGUCGAAAUUUGGAUUUAAAAAUCCAAAUUUUAUUCAAAAUGUGUCCGAUUUCCUGAUGGAUAACGCAUUCUCUACAAUUUUUCCACAAUUCGAAAUUCGACAGCUAUCGUGUGAUGAAUUUGGAUCGUUUGAAAAUUUUCGAGAUAAUCUAUAUUUUCAAAAAUUUGAUCUACUUCUUCUGGAGACAAAUUCUCAAUGUGGAUUGAGCAUUCAUGAGGAAAUUUCAAAAAAAUCAGAUUUCAUCUUACAAAGUUUGGCUAAAAAUAUUGAUCUACUUCUUCUGGAGAUAUAUUCCUUUUGUGGACUGAAAAUUCAGAAGGAAUUUUUGCAAAAUUCAGAUUUCAUUCUUCAAAAUUUAGCAUUAAAAUGGAAAUUUUACGAUAUUAUCAUCCUGGAAACCGUGAAGACUACAAACUACACUUAUUCUCCAUAUCCCGAGUAUCGAGAAGAGCUUUUGAAUCUGGAAAAAAUGAAGAAACAACGAUAUUUUCAGAAUAUCUACAUAGACGCGCUUCACGAAAUGUCUCGCGAAUUCUCGGAUUCUUCCUCGGAACUCUAUCCCACCAACGAUUUCUCCAUCGAACAACCAGUGCUUCAGUUGAUUGCCUUCGGAUGGAUGUGGCGGAUGGAUGUGCAAGACUAUAAUGUUUUCUAUGCGUUGCGCAAAUUGUUUUAUUUUGUGAUUUCCCAACCGGCAGUAACUCCCGAUAUUCUUCAAUUUUUCACUUUCUACUCCUAUUCAUCUAUCACAGUUGUUUAUUUAUUAUUGCAGCGGAAUCGGUCUCGUUUUUUCCGACAAUUGAUUAUUUUGGAAAUCAUUUAUAAAAUUGCAAAGUAUACUGUAGAUGAUACCAGAAAAGUCAUUUGGCCCUUCAUUCUGGCCAACGAGAUUUUCGAUCAGCUCCAGGUCUCCUGGUUUCUUACCACUGAAUGCCUUCCAUUCGAGCUGCAAUUGGUGAAAAUUCUUCAAACUUUUGAGCAUUUCGUUCUCCUCAAUCAAUAUCCAGAUUUCAGUAUACUGAUUUGGCUUCUUGUGAUCGUUUCCCUUCAAUUAUUCACAUUUUAUCUUUAUUUUCGCGAUCCUCCGCUCACUUGGACUGUUCCAAUUUUCGAUAUUGAACCGCUUUUCGUCCCAAGAAAUCCAUAUAUGAUCUACACUCGCUACGUAGCUAUUGGAUUGGUUCUUGCCAUUUUUGGGUCUUAUUGGGAGCAUUUGAGCCCAAAACUUUGA